CACUGCUUCAGUGAGCUGCUUGCUUUGACCGCUGACGACUGACUUAGAGCAUUGGUCUUUAGUCCUGCGCAUCUCAUGCUCGAGCAUGUCAUGAUUGAUAUUCAUUUCAGUUAGAAAGCAUCCAACGGCCGGUCUUUCCUAUCAUGGAUCAUCAGUUGCACCAACGAGCGCUCGAAUGCGCAGAAGAGGAUCUGAUCGCCCACUCCAAGUCCAAGCCCACUGCCUACCUUGUAGGCAUUCUUUGGCAUGACAACACGACACCCAUCACUGAUGUCCAACGAGAGAAUUUCAUGUUCUUGAAGUGCACGAGCAGGACAUCGAUCCACAGGCUCAGAGAGAGCUACGUUGCUAAACUCAACUUGCUCGAUGUGUCGUUGUCUCUCGGGCCCACCAUUCUGGCAGACAUCACAAAGAUUUCAGAGCUGGAUGCAUUUAGUGACAAAGUCAUUGUCCUCCGGGCCAUCGGUUCUGAACCGGCUGGCACCAAUAGCGACAACACUCCUGCAAGCACGAUACCCAUACCGCAAUCCGCCCUCGAGCAACCUAACACGCAGUUGAUGGAAGUUCCAGGAGCACUCACUCCUGAAAGACAAGCUAGUAUCUCGUCGCGGGCAAGUGUCGAUUACUCCGGGCUACCGACCGCUUCAUCGUCUAUUCGUAUGCCCGCAUCUGCUCGUGCCUUGGACUCCCCGACCUCUGCACCUGCUCGCAUUCCGGGUGCCUCGACGUCAAUACCUCGUCCCGCUCCGGGUCCCUCAAUCUCUGCAUCUACAUCUAUGCCU